AUGAAACAUACAUACUUCCGUUUCAAUCAACAAAUAAUAUACCUUGAGUAUAUAAGUAUCAAUAGUGAAUCUAGAUACUCAAAACAAAAUUCCAAUGAUUUGAAAUUCAAAUCUGCUACCAUUCUUAACCAUGUGAAGAUUUAUAACAAGGAUGCUAAAGAGGAAGAAUUCCCUAUCAUUAGUAUCGACAACCAUAAAUUUGAUCUGAAAUUCGUGAUAGAUUUGACUACCGGGUUAUUAAAUAAGAUAAGAUUUCAAAUGUUUGUGGAUAAUUUCAAAACUUCAGUAUUCAAAUUGAUAAAGAUAUUUCUUAAUGAUAUAAUUGAGAGUUUUGAACCGAAAGAUACGGAAAAAUCAUCAAUUAAUCAAGAAAAAUUUGAAGCUGGCUUGAAAUAUCUAAGAUUAUUGUAUACCAACAUUGAUGAAAUUUCCCUUCUUAUAGAGAAUUUCAAUGUAUUGGAAUUACCAAUAAUCACUAAUCAACCUAUUAGUGAAUUAUUGAAUGCACCAUUCCCAAGAGAAUCUUUAGAGUUCUCAACCAAGUCGAUUAAUUUCAAUGUCAUUAAAUUAUCUAAUGAAUCAGCAGGUUUCCAUACUAUUUUCAAUCAUAAUGAUAUACCCAUCAAUUUUUCCAACGCUAUACAAGCCUUUGUAAUCAAAUAUUCCACUAUAACUCAAAAAGGUGAUCUUGUUUCAAAAUCAAGUGUGGAGGUUUUGAAUUUACCAAAUUAUUCCAUAAACUUCAAAGGUAAUGUUUUCGAUAGAUUGACCAAAGGAGAAGGGUUUAAAGAUUGUAAGAUCGAAAUCUUUUUGACAUGUUCUAAUCCUAUCUUGGAUUUAGAUUCUCAUAUACUUUCAUUAUUCAUCUUUAAUAUCGUUACUAUUCAAAAAUAUUUCAAGUUCAAGAAACUUUAUGGAAUUUAUAAGAAAGUGGUUAAUCAUCAACCAAUUGAUUUUAUUGAUGGUGAAGAACAACUUCAAAAAUCAUUAUUUAAGGACAAGUUAUGGAAUUAUUUACAAGAAUAUUAUCCUAGCUUGGAUGUUAAAUUUGUUAUUGAACAACCUAGGAUUAUCAUUAAACACCCUGUGGAUAAGAUUCAAUUAGUGAACUUCCAAUAUAGUUCAUUAAUGCUUCAAGUGUUCACCAAUAAAGACCGUUCUUAUGAUGUCAGUUGUCAAAUUUUACAUCCUUCAGUCAACUAUAUUGAAAAUUUUGAAAACUUUGAAUUGUUCUCUAUCAAUGACAUCAAUACCAAAGUAGAGAUUCUUAAGAAUUUGAAAUUCAAUAUUGGGGUUCUGCUUAUGAGACUUAGGUUAGAUCUUUCUAACAUUGAUGCUAUUGAAGGUAUUCAAUCAUUAUUGAUGAAAAUAACCGAAGAAGCUGAAUCGACAUUAAAGUCAGGAUCAAUGUUGAGCUAUCUUGAUCAAAAGAUACUGAAAUAUGAUCGUAUUGUUUCAAAAUUAAUGAACCAAAAUAAAAGUCAUAAAUCUUUGGCAGAUAAAAUAUUUAAUUAUUUACCUGACUGGUUAGUUGAUUUCAAAUUGACUUUAUCAGAAAUAAGUUUCAUCUUUGCUUCUCAAUCAGUUAUAUCAGACGUUAAAGAUUCAAGAUGUAUGGGAAUCAAUCUUCAUGAAUUUCAAACAACGUUGAAGAAUGAAAACACUUUGGAUUCAGAGAAAUCUUCAACUCUGGACACUUUAACCGAAAGUUAUUGGUCUAGUCAUUCUCAAUUAGAAGAUUUCAAAUUUCUUAUUAAGGAAGAAGAUUGGUUACCAUUCAUCAAACUUCCUUCAAUUAACGUUGACGUUAAUGCUCAUAAGUUAUUAGAUAUCAAUGUGUUAAUUGAUCAAGUGACCGGAGAUGUGGAUUAUUUCAAAUUGUUCACUAUUGUAGGAUCAUUGCAAUUACUUACAAAGAUCAUUGAACCUUUAAAGAUCCUUCAAUCAAAAUUACCUAAAUCUGAACCCAAACCCAAAUCUUCAAGUUCUAUCAAAGAUCUUUUGAACAUUGAUUGCAAAUUCAAGAAGACUGAUAUUCAAAUAAAUCUUCAUGAUGAUUAUAAAUUGAAGUUUGAUUUCUUCCAAACCAAACUCAAUUAUCAUCAUGAUUUAUGCCUAUACAAUAAAUUCGGUAGAGUGUUAACAGAAUCACCAACUUUAGAAGGUUACUGGAGUAGGAUGGUAUGUUUAGAUGAUUUAAAACUUCGAUAUCUACUUAACACCAGAGAAAUCAUGGUCAAUUCUGAGUUUAUUAAACUUAUUCAUCCUCAUCAACAUGUCACUUACAAGUUAUUUGAUAAUUUAUCAAUUACUAUCAAAGUCUUGAAACAUUUAUUCGCCAUUUUGAAGAAUCCUGAUGUUGAUAAGAAGAAUGUUUACCCUUCGAAAUCCAAACCCAGAAAAUUACCUCAUAUUAAUAUAAAAACAUCGAAAUUGUUAUUUGUUAUGGAAGAUGAUCCAUUUGAAAGUGAAUUGAAUAUGAUCUUCCAAUUAGGUAAAAUUGAACAACAGAAAAGAUCAGAUCUCUUACAAGUAUUUGAAGAAACAGCUGAGAAGAAUCGAACACCUCCUGAUCAAAUCGAAGAAGCUUUAGAGAAAUUGACGGAAACUAUUUCUGCAUCUUGGAUAAGGAAAGUGAAAGGGUAUAAAGCUCAAUUAAAUGAAGAGAUUAUUAAGACCAAAAGGUUCUUGUUUGGUAAUGAAGCAAAAUUGGAAUCCAAAUUUCAACAUAAUAUCCAACCUUAUUCCCUUCAUGCACCAUUAUUGACUAUAAUCAUGAAUGAUCUCAACUUAAAUAUAACAUCACCAAGAUUCCAAAUGAAUGAAUUACCACAAUUUCUUUAUGAUAUUGGACAGGGCCAACCUAAAGAUACCGAAUGGUCACUUAAUGUUCCUACAUAUCUCGAUUUAAAACUAGGAGAAUUAAGAAUGCAUUUAAGAGAUUAUCCUUUGCCUUUAUUAUUUGUACCUAAGAAGAAAUCCCAUCCAUCAGUUCAAAUGUCUGGACAUUUGGUUAUUGGUGAGGCUUUAGUUGAUGGUGACGAACAUAUAAGAAACGUUAAAUGUGAUCUAGUAAGAGGUGACGACAAGAAUUAUAGUAUCAACAUAUUCAAGACGUUGACCUCAGUUAAAUUAUUUACUGACUUGGAAGUAUCAUUUGAUAGUCACAAAGCAUCAAGAUUUGUUUGGGGACAAUCCUAUCAAUUCGGAAUCCAACAAGUUAUGUUAAAUUUCGAACAAUUUUCUAAACCUCCUAUUGAUCCAUCAGGUAAAUUGGGAUUCUGGGAUAAAUUAAGACUUAUCAUGCAUGGGAAAUUUCGUAUUGAGUGUAAUAAUGGACCAUUGGAAGUUGCUUUCAAAGGAUCAAGGGAUCCCUAUGAAAUAUUCGAUGAAGGUACAGGAUUUAUACUUUCUUUCAAGGAUAAUGUUGUUUGGACUAUCAAUGAAAAUGAUGAUUCUAGAGAAUUUUGUAAUGUUAAUAGUGAAAACAUUACAUGGUAUAUUCCUAAUUAUUUAGCUGCUCCAAUGGUAAGUUGGUGUAAUGAUUCCAGUAGAAUAACCUAUUUCCCUGACUGUAAAGAUUUUGUUACUUCUUCUUAUGGGUAUUAUUUGAAUGAUGAUAACUAUUGUAACAGUAAAAACUAUAAUCCUGAUAAUAACUUUGAAAAGAAAGUUGUCAAUUUGAGUGGAGGAGUUAAAUUCACCGUUGGAUUUGUUUUACAAAGAGAUAUCGAUGGAGAAAAGAAAGAUAUUGGUAAACCUCAUUAUGAUGUUAAAUUAUUCAAUCCCGAAUUUACUGAUGAAAACCAUGAUUCUUAUACUGGAUUUAGAUCAGAUUAUAUCAAUAUGGCAAUAUCUUUAGAUGCCAACUUUUCUGAAAGUUAUAAUACAAUUCAUUUGAGUCCUACAGUGUUUUCUCAAUUCUUCAAUUGGUGGAAAUUAUUUGCCAGUAAUUUACAAUUACCUAUAAGGAAAGGUAAGUUAUUUGGGGAGGUUAAGAAAUCAACCAAAUUCUCCCAACAUUUAAUAACUAACAGAUUCAAAUUCAAUUUGAAAUCAUUAUUCAUUUCUCAUAUUUACAGAGAAGAGAAUCUUAAUAAUGAAGACAAUUUCAUUCAAUGUUGGGGAUUGAGAGGUAAGAUGAAUGAUUUCAUUGUUGACUUACAUCAAAGGAAAGAAGAAAGAAUCAGUGUUAAUAAGAGCUUAUCGAGGAAUUUGAAAGUGAAGAAAAUGAAUUUCCAUAUAGCUGAUGUUCAUUUGAAUGGUAUUGAUUUAAGAAUAGUUUCAGCUAAAUUUGAUCAUGAUAUUUAUAAAACUUCUGCUAAUGUUAAUCCAAAUAUCGAUUAUAAGAUUGAUAAUUCUAAGGAUUCAAAGUAUAAAAUCUUUGAUAAUGAUAAACAAUGGUUUGAUAUUGAGGAUUAUCAAGAAGCUUUUGUUCCAUCUUUGGCUCAUUGUAAAAGAAUUAUUACUAUUCUUCCACUUUUAUACUCUCAAAGAUUUAGUUAUUUAAGAGAUACUGAACCUGAUGGAAGAUUCAAAGAACAAGAUCUCUUUCAGAGUGAUAUUGAUGUUUUGGAACAACUGAAGAAAGUUUUCAAAACUCGCCAAUCAGCUAUUAAGAACAGAAUCAAACAAUUGAAAUACUAUGUCAAGAGAUUCGGGGAAUCGAAAGAUUUGAAUAAGAGAAUUGAAGUUCUAAAUAAAGAAUUAGAUGAUCUAAAACAGGAAGAAUUGAAUUAUACUAAUCAUGAUAGAAGAAUGCUGAUUUCUAAUGUUAAUGCUAAAUUCAGUAAUAAGUUUGUUUUACUUCAUAUGUUAUUAAAAUGGAAUAAUUCCAAUAGAAAUCUUCUUAAUAAGUACCUUCAUUAUGUUAAAUUGUUAAGAUUAUUAAGAAGAUAUUUAUCUUAUGAGUCUAUAAGUAUUGUUGAAGAAAUUAUCGAGAGAGCUAAUAAAUGGGAUGAUUCAGCUUAUUCAUUAGCCAAUUCUAGAAAUUUGAAUAAAGUUCGUAGUGGGCCAGGACUCAAAUUACAAAGUUGUCAAGAUAGAAUUGAUAAUUUCGAUGAUAUUUUGAGUAAAAUAUCCAAUAACGAAAGUCUAACUCAAGAUUAUCUAUUUGAAAUCAUAUCACCUCAAAUUCAAUUACAAAGUGAAGAAUCUAAAGAUUCUGUGGUUUUAAUCACCACUCCUCAUAUUGAUGGGAAAGUCAAUUCGAUAUAUGAAAAGGGUAAUGAUAAAUUAACUAUUGGACUUGAUGAAUUGGAGACCAGGUUUGGGGUUUUAUUACAAAAUGCCAAUGUAUUUGUUUUCAAAAAAGACGAUGAUAUUGAUAAUAAAGUGUUUGAUGAAAAUUGUUAUGGAUCAACUUCUAAUUGGCCACCAUGGUUAGGGUAUGAAAUCAGUAAAGAUUCUUCUUUAGCAGGUAAACAGAAUGUGUUGAUUGAAAACAUCUCUUCAAUGGUAACCAUGAUAGAUCAAAAACCUUUUGGCUCAAGUUUAGCCAGAAAUGAUGAAGAAGAAGAGGAUAAUGAUUCUGAUUAUUUCGAUGCAGAUACUGAUGAACAUAAAUUAUCAGCAUCUCAGUCUUUAAGAGUUGAUAUUCCAAAAGUUAUCAUAACUUCCACUGCUUCACAAUACUUUACAUUAUAUUCUAUUGUAACUGAUUUAUUGAUUUAUACUGAACCUAGUAAUAAAGAAUAUCUUGAAAAACUUGAAAAAUUGAAAUUUUCCAAUGAUUUCCAAAACUUGCCUUCAGUUUACGAUAGAAUCACCAAGUUACAUAAGUAUUUCUAUUUAGUGAAAUUCUUGAAUAGAAAUUAUAAUUUCCGUCAAGCAAAUUUAGAUAAUGAACAAUUGAAUGAUUAUUUAGAACUUCAAUUGAUUUUACAAGAUAUCCAGAAUGAAAUCAAUUUAUUGAUGCAUUCGAUAUUGACCGGUAAUGUUGAACUCAAUGAUAAUGAAGAAUCUAAUUCUACCAAAGCAGAAUUUGCUAUUAAUGCUGAUGAAAUCAUCUUACAUAUGCUUGAAGAUGAUCGAUCACCAAUCAUUGAUAUAGCUAUGGCAAAAGGGAAAUUCAAAAGAUCAGUUAAUGUUGAUGAUUCUAAUGUUAAUAGUGUAGAAGUAAGAAUGUUACAAGGUUUCAAUUUAUUACCAAAAGCUAGAUUCCCAGCAUUUUUAGAACCUUUGCAACACGACUUUGAUCAUCAAAAUUCCGAAGAUAACUUAAUCACUAUUAAUUGGUCAGUUCAUCAAGAUGUUGGAGGUAUUAAAUUGAUUGAUAAUUUUGAAGUAAAUUCCAAACCUUUGAGUUUAAGAAUGGAUGAAUCUACAGGAAUCAAAUUAAUGAAUUAUAUCUUCCAAACAGAUAUUUCAAAUAUUGAUGAAAGUCCACUCUUGGAUAAAAAGAAAGACGAUGAAGAAGAACAAGAAGAAGUUGAAGAAAUCGAAAACAGUGAUGAAGAAGACGACGAAGAUAAAGCAAAAUUAGAUGAAAAGACUUCAACUAUAGGAAAAAGAAGAUCUCAAAUACUCGGAUCCAAAUCUUUUACUCAUUCAUCUACUUCAGAUGAAGAUUACGAUGAACAAUUAGACAAUAUGGUUUUGAGAUCAAAGAAAUAUAUUAGUGUUAAUCAUCUUGUGAUUAAUCCUGUUUCUUUAUCAGUUUCAUUAAAGUUAAAAGGUGGUUAUAAGAGACUUUUGAAUGUAACAGAUUUUAAAUUCUUGUUACCAGAGUUAAGGAUUCAUAAAAGAAUUAUGUCCGUAUUAGAAAUCACCAUGCUUUUGAAGAAACUUGUUACUAAAGCCAUUUUGGGCCAUCUUGGAGGAUUGGUUAAGAAUAAAAUGACGAUAAGGAAAAACCCUACUCGAAUAUUUGACGAACCUUUAAAACCUUUGAAAAGGUAUGUUAAUUUCACUCUGAUAAAUGAGUUGAGAGGAACUGCCACUAAUGAUAAGGAAUAG